UUUGUCUUACCUCUCCAGGUGCUGCAUCGCACAUUUCUAACCCCCGCAACUUUUACUGCUAAAUAAAACAACUGCCCAGAUACACAACAGUGUCUUUUUAAUGAAUUUAGCCUGUUGUUGUUUUCUUUUUUUUUUUUUACCUGACAGUAGGGUGGACAUUGGAUCAUAUUGUAGUUAGUAAGAUUACUUCUGUUGGCUGUUUUCAUCGAGUCUACUUGGAGCCAGCCCCAGGGGCCUAUGCUGCCGUAGCUUGAAGUGGCCCAAACAACCUGACCUAAUUUGAACGGACGGUUCUUGCCCCAGUCCAAGAAACCAGCAGAGUCCUGAGUGCAACAUGGACCUGGACAGUAAACGACUGGUGGUGGUGGUGCCGAACGAAGUGUCGCUGGCGUCCCGCAGAGUGUUCAGCAGUGAGGAUGAGGCCUGGAAGAGCUACCUGGAGAAUCCACUGACUGCUGCCACCAAGGCCAUGAUGAGCAUCAACGGAGACGAGGACGGCGUGGCGGCUCUGGGGCUGCUGUACGAUUACUACAAGGUUCCUAGAGAGAGAAAACGCUCGUCCAGUGGUGUGGCAUCAUCAGACCCCUCUGCUGCGGUGCCAAACCCCUAUGGGGGCCAGGACGCGCUGGAUCAUCGGUGUCAUGUCCCGAGGUCCAUGCCGGUGAACCUCUCGGUGAACAGCUCCACCACAGAACAUCCUGGCUCCAAGCGCGGCGCUGCGAGCGUCGCCUCAGACAGCAGAGGAGGAGACGGUGCAGGAAGGGGCGGUGCGCCUCUGGCUCUGGUGAAAACAGAAGGCCCGGCGUCCAUGCCGGCCCUAUGUUCUGGUGGCUCCCACCUAGAAGAACCCAGAGAGCAGUUAAGGAUGCUUUAUGAGCAGAACUGCUAUGAUUUAUCUCUUUCUGGUUACCGGAAAGAUGAACAGGGCAGCACUCCUGACAGCACGUAUGAGGACGCCGUGGACGAAGUCAGAUCUGACAUUUACCAUAGGAGUCCUCCUUCCCGAGUCGAUGCAUCCCUCCAUAAACUACCAGUUGACAGCUUCAAGUACAGCCUGGAGGCCAACAUGUCGCUGCGGCCGCGGCAAGGAGAAGGACCUAUGGCUUACCUGAACCGGGGCCAGUUCUAUGCUUUGACGUUGUCUGAAAAUGGCUACAGGUCACCCCACUGUCAGCCCAGGGCCAAAGCUUGGGGGAGGUCUGACGGGAAGCCACCCAGUAGUGAGCAGCGGGCUUCUGAACUGCAGCGGGACACUGUUGUACAGAGUGUCAUAAUGGUGGUGUUUGGGGAAGACAAGUCCAGGGAUGAUCAGCUAAAGAAUUGGAAAUAUUGGCACUCCAGGCAACACACCGCAAAACAAAGGGUUUUGGACAUUGCUGACUACAAGGAGAGCUUCAGCACCAUUGGGAACGUGGAGGAAAUAGCCUACAACGCUGUGUCUUUUACCUGGGACAUGAGCGAAGAAGCCAAGGUGUUCAUCUCUGUGAACUGUCUGAGCACAGACUUCUCCUCUCAGAAGGGAGUGAAGGGCAUGCCUCUGAUAAUCCAGAUCGACACCUACAGCUACAACAGCUGCAGCAGCAGGCCUAUCCACAGGGCCUUUGCUCAAAUCAAGGUCUUCUGUGACAAGGGUGCAGAGAGGAAACUGCGUGAUGAGGAGAAGAAGCAGCUAAGGAGGAGGACAAAAGGAAAAAACAGCAACCCGGGGCCGAGCUCCCCCAUCAGGAAGGCUGAGAGCACCCUGUUCAAAAGCAUGUUGGACCUGGACUCCCAGCCGGUCCUCUUCAUCCCUGAUGUCCACUUUGGGAACCUGCAGAGAGCAGGGCAGGUGUUUGCUGUCACCACAGAUGAGGUUGUCAUGGACAGAGCGCUUCCUAUGAAGAAGCUGUCAUGUCAGGAAGAGAUCUGCCCUCCUCAGCCCAAGAAGUCCAAGGGAGAGUCUGAAAAGAAAGUUCUGCUGUAUGUGAGGAAGGAGUGCGAUGAGGUAUUCGACGCCCUAAUGCUGCGUGCCCCAACCCUCAAAGCACUGAUGGAGGCAAUCUCUGAGAAAUACAAAGUGCCUGUUGAGAAGAUGACCAAAGUUUAUCAGAAAAGCAAAAAAGGGGUCCUGGUGAACAUGGAUGACAACAUCAUCCAGCACUACUCCAAUGAGGACACCUUCAUCCUCGCUUUGGAGUGCUCAGCCGACUCUUUUCGGGUUACCCUGUCAGAAAUCUGAGAGGGUUAAAAAAAACAAAAAAGAAAGAAAGAAAUCUCACAGUUCUGUGGUCUAUUUGGGAUUCCUUGCAUGAUCUGGAGAGAAGAGAUCACUGCUGAGCAGUCAAUCCCUGGUUAGAAAUGCAAAAACAUAGGCAACUGUAAAGAACUAAACCAAACAGCAUUACAUAAAUGUCCCACAGCAGUCUUAAGUAAGCUUUGCUGCACAUACACCUCCUGGGCUGCAACUUGUUUUUUUUAGGCAGCCUUAUUUAGAGGCAAUUUUAUACCAAGGGCUAAAAUUUAUGAAAGGCAAGGAUUUUUACAUUAGUAAAAUUAGCUAAUGUUUCCUGGCUAGUUAUCUUAUAGCAGUUCCUUUUUGGUGAUGUUUUUUAAUGAGCUAAAAUGAGGCUUAUUUCGGCAACAUUCAACAAUAAGUGACAAAAUGGUUUGCUUUAGUUCCACAGGAUGAAAAUAUAUACUUGUGAGAUCUGUUGUUAGCAUCUUGUCAGCUUCCUGACUCUGCCAAAAGAUGUGGAAGCUGAUAUAAUGUGUGAUGUAGCAUAGGAUUAGUCAUGUUUAAGGCAGAUUUUUCUGUUUACAGCUGUUUUUAUGUGAGUCUUAAAAGUAGUUUAUAUGUUUUGCUUUUUUAUUCUGAAUUCAUUCAGAUUGUCAAACUGUAUUUUUUUUGCACGUCAAAGGUUUGAGUAGUGUGAAAUAACUGUCAGGUGUUGUAAAUACAUGCUGUUGUCUUAGGAUCAUAAAAAUGAUAUGGUACCAAUAAAGAUUGGUGUUGUUUUGGGUUUUUCAAACACUUUUUCACAUUAUUUAUGAGAUUUGCUCCAAACUCAAGAGGUUUAUACAAUCUUCUGAGGAUGAGACUUUGACUUUCAUUUACUUUUUACUAUUCUUAAAAUGUUAGAGUGGCACGUUCUGCGUCAUUCUGUCUCUUGCACCAUGAUGUACAGUCUUAUACAUGAGUCAAUAAAUAUAGUUUUAUACGCA